ACUGACAGGCUGUGUCUUCGGUUAUCUUUGACGCGGCCAUUUAUUAUUGCUCUUUUGUUUUGUUUCUGAAUCUCAGGUUUUUGUAAUAAUCCAUUUAAAGACAAAUCUUCCAGCGUUGAUAAAAUUUUGACUUAAAUUAUGUCCAAACAAAAAUCUGGCGAAGAAUGGGAGCAAAUAGCGCGUGGCAUCCAAGACGAUAAACGUGAUGAAAUCGAAUCGAUGGAGGAUUUGGAGGAGAAAAUGCGAAACACUCCGAGAGGAAUGUUUGUGAGCGGAUGGGAUGAUCCAAAUGACCUCAUCGAGGAAGACAAAAAUCCUCACGAGACAUUGGAGCGCCUGGCUCUAUGGGCUGCGGGCGAAAAUAAAAUGGAAAUCGUGGAAGACGUCGUUUCCAAGAAGCCAUCCGUUGUUCACGCCGUUGACCCGGAUGGGUACACCCUCCUGCAUAAAGCCUGUUAUAAUAAUAACAAACAGUUGGCACGAGUACUUCUUCGACAUGGGGCCGAUCCAAAUGCAAGAACCGAGCUUGGUUGGACGCCGUUACAUUCGGCCUGUAAGUGGAACAAUGCCGAGUGUGUAGCUCUGAUGCUGCAGCAUGGAGCCGAUAUCAAUGCAGUCUCGGAUGGCGAUCAAACGCCGCUUCACAUAACGGCCACGGUUUCCAACUGCAGAAGCACCCUCGUCACGUUGCUGAUGGACGAACGGAUUAAGCCAGAUUUGGUGAAUAAUUCCAAUGAGACGGCGGCUGCUAUCGCGAAGAGAAGUGGCCUUUCUUUGCCGUUGUUCGAUAUGGCUCACUCUGCGCUCACGGUUGAGACCGGAAUAAUAGAUUAAGCAAUAUAUAUAAAAAAAAACUUUUUGCAUUUAAAUAAAAUAUUAAUUUAUUCUUUAAAA